AAGAGAGAGAGAAAGAAAAGCCAGCCAGCCACGCAUAAGAGACACGCGCCUACAAUGUCGUUGCUGAGGUCGCUGUGUGUGGAGAGAAUUAAGUGAUCCUCUUGCAAUCUGGGAGCAUCGCUCAGAUCGAUCGGAGGCGCAGCGAUGACUCUGGUGCUGCCCCUGAGCAGCUUCUGCGAGCCCAUUGUCUCCUCCGAAGGAGCCGGCGAGUUCCAGCCGCUGUGGGAGUCGCGCUGCUGCAGCAAGAGCAGCCCCGCCUCGGAUACAGCCGCCGCCGCCGGCAGCAGCAGCAGCAGCAACCAAGACCAGCCGCAGGGCAGCGAGGACCGGGCACCGGCUGGGCAGCCCUCGGCGGCAGCAGGAUCACACCACAGAGGAGUUGCAAAUCCUAUAGCAACAUCUAAGGUCACAUACUUUAAAAGGAAAUAUGUGGAAGAAGAGGAUUUUCAUCCACCGCUCAGCAGCUGUACACCUAAAACAAUAUCUGUCUUUGAGGAGCGAGCGCACAUCCUUUACAUGUCUUUGGAAAAGCUGAAGUACAUCGAUGACCCUGAAGUUUACCUAAGGAGAUCCGUUCUCAUCAAUAAUUUAAUGAAGCGAAUUCACGGGGAAAUUAUCAUGCAGAACAACUGGUGUUUCCCUGCAUGCUCUUUCGGGAGCGCCUCAGCCCAAGAGUGGUUCGUGUCUCAUGACUGUCCUUACAGGAAACGCCUUCGGAUGGCACGGGAGGACUGCGAAAAGAUCCACACUUGCUGCUUUUAUCAAGAAUGUGGCAGCCACUAUUUAAGUUUACCAUUAUCUACUAAUUCUGCAGUGGGGAAUUCCUCCUCCUCCUCUUCCUCCUCUUCCUCCUCCUCUUCCUCCUCCUCCAUAUCUUUGCCAGGUUGUUCCCAACAGGUGGAAUAUGGUGUCGGCAGCGCCCCCGUUUACAGAAGUGAUGAUCAGAUACAUGCCAAUGAAAUUUUCAUUACUAACGCCAGGCCACAAGGCAAUCAGGACAAGUCAAUAUUAAGCAAUGAAAAAGGAGGCCAUGACAUGGAACGAGAUCGGGCCACAGACUGGGAACCUAUGAAAAGCGAUCAUGGCAUUGAAUGUAAAAACAAAUAUUAUGACUAUUUUGAGACGGGGCAUGGUGACAAAAGCAACAUGAAUGAAUCUUGGAAGAAAUCCUUACGAAAAAGGGAGUGCUUACCAGGUGGUAAAAUAUGUUGCAGUAAAGGAAGUAAAAUAUGAACCAUCUUCCCUAUAAUUGCAGUUUUGAAGUACGCACAGCAUGUUGAAUUUAUCAAACAAAAUUUCAUUCCGGAUGGAUUUUCUUAUACUUUUCUACAACCAAUACAAUCAUGGCAUAAGCUUCAUGGAUAGUUUUAAUGACUGGGGAGCAGACUGCAUCAAAGUGUAUGUAUGGUCUGCAUCACAGAGCUAUUUAUAAAAAUAUGGGAUCUUCAUAAAGAGCACAGUUGAAUUGCAAUGCAUAUUUUAGCUUUUGUUGCUGAAAGAACCAAUAAACCAGAUGGAGAAAACAUCCCUUUCCGCAUACCCUUCUCCCAGGGAAUCUGACAUGAAUUAAGACAAAUCUCCUUUCUGCUUAUCAGUUAACUAUAUAUUUGAUAAGCAAAUCUUUACCAGCAAAGGGGGAGGUAUACAACUUGCCCAACAAGAAUGGCUGUGAGAAAGACUGCAUAUAGUUGAAGAGGAAUUCAUCCAUGUCGUGAUCUGGUAUUGACACUGUUCAGAUGUAUUUAAGUGUCCGAUUUAAUCAAUAGGGUGCAAUAACACCUUUUGGAAUCUUGAUCAGAAAUACCGCAGACAGUUCCAGCACAUGUACAGUUGUCAGCUAAGCUGCAAGAAUGAACGAGCCUUAUGGUGGCUUACUGCUAUAAAGGGCAGAGUUUCCUUGGUGCCUUAUUUUUUAUCUUAAUUUUUCCAGGGUGAAAAUUAAGUUUAAAAAACAGCUACAGCAGGGAUGUAACCUAAACAGGAAAAAAAUAAUAACAGGGUGGAUCGAAUAUUAUUAGAAACCUGUAUUCUUUGAAAUGCAGUGUUUGAUUUCCUAUUCAAAUGCCUCUAUUUUUUUUUUUU